AUGGUCUCUCUCAUCCCCAUUGCCGUCCUAGGCAUCGCAUAUGCCCUUGGAGGUUUUGCUCAGAGCUCGACCUCAGCGUCUCCCUCCGCGCCUACUGGUGUCGCUCCCGAGGGCGACUAUAGUGGCAGCUAUCGUCCGAGAAUACAUUUCACUCCUCCCCAGGGCUUUAUGAAUGACCCCAAUGGCUUGUUCCAAGAUCCCAAUGGCACAUGGCAUCUCUACUACCAAUACAACCCCACCGACACUGUGGCCGGCAACCAGCACUGGGGCCACGCCACCUCCUCCGACUUGUACCACUGGACCAACCAGCCCAUCGCACUCUUCCCUCCCAAUGCUACCUCCGGCGUCUUCUCGGGGUCUGCUGUCCUCGACCCAGACAACACCUCUGGCUUCUUCCCCAACCAGACGGACGGCGUUGUGGCUAUCUACACUCUCAACACCGAGUAUGCCCAGGUCCAGCAGAUCGCCUACUCUUUCGACGGCGGUUACACUUUCGAAGAGUACGCUGGCAACCCCGUCAUCGAUAUCGGCUCCCUUCAGUUCCGCGACCCGAAAGUCGUAUGGUACGAGGACCACUGGGCUAUGGUUAUCGCGUACUCGGAUGACUAUGUCAUCGGCGUCUACACCUCCCCCGACUUGAAGGAGUGGACGCACGCUUCGAAUAUAUCGCAUAUCGGGCUUCUGGGCGUUCAGUACGAAUGCCCGAAUCUCGUCUCACUCCCCAUCGCCAAUUCUUCCGAGACUGCCUGGGUCCUCACCAUCUCCAUCAACCCUGGCGCCCCGCUCGGUGGGUCGGUGACCGAGUAUUUCCCCGGUUCGUUCAACGGUACCCACUUUACCCCUAUCGACGGCGCUACCCGUCUCUCCAACUUUGCCAAAGACGACUAUGCCGGGCAAUUCUUCUACAACACACCUAUCAGUAUCGGGUGGGCGUCAAAUUGGCAGUAUACGAACGUGGUACCGUCGGGAGAAGAGGAGGGAUGGAGGAGCGCGAUGACGUUGCCGAGGACGAAUUAUCUGGCGAAUGCGACGUCGGCGGGUUGGGAUCUCGUUCAGGAGGUUGUGGAUCUGUCGCCUGUGCUCGGGGAUGAGCUCGCUUCUGGUUCUCUCGGCAAUGGGACGACGACGGUCAACUUCUCCACUGGGGUCUACCUCGAUGUCAACUUUACCAUCCCCGACGAUAUCUCUGCGUCUGCUGCGAUCAACUUUACGGUGUCGACGAAUACGACCGGGGAGAAGGUGACCGGAGGGUAUUUCCCAGAGAGUAAAGUCACUUGGUUGGACCGCGGAAAGACCGAGUUUGAGAAUGUGUUUUUCACCGACAAGUUUUCUGUCGCUCAAUACUACCCCGCCAAACGGCUUCAGCUCAUCGUCGACAGAUCAGUGAUAGAGAUUUACGUAGACAGCGGCGUACUUGUCGGCACGAUCACGGCGUUUCCGAAUGAACCUUUCUUCGCGCUCGAUCUGCAGGGUCUCGGUUUGCCGGAGGGGGCGGAUGUAGAGUAUGUGGUCUGGGAGCUAGAAGAUACGUGGGCGUAA